AUGACAUCCUCCGUCUUUUUCAAGUUCAAAUCUCAAAAGGAGCCUACUAGAGUCGAGUUUGAUGGCACCGGUAUCUCAGUAUUUGAGCUGAAGCGUGAGAUUAUCACAAAGAGUGGCCUAGGCGAUGGUACCGAUUUUGACUUGCAUAUUUAUACCGAUGAUAACAGCGAAGAAUACGAUGAUGACACGACUAUUAUUCCAAGGUCAACGACAGUCAUUGCGCGACGCCAGCCUGCUCUUAAGCCAGGCGCAGGUCGUGCAGCUCGUUAUGUGUCUGGGAAAAUGCCGGUGACAGCCAAGAACGCUGGCCGCAAGGAACAAGCAGCGAAGGCCUCCUCAUCCAAACCCAGCUCCGAUGCCAUCAGCCAGAUGAACAAUGCUAUGACUGAAGAGGAGAAAAUGGCUGCCAUGUUUGCAGCACAAACCGAACAAUGGUCUGCUCAACAAGAGGAAAUGUCUCACCAAACACCCGUGUUCAAAGCUGGUGCGAAGAGACCGGCAAAUGUCCCCGACCAUGACCCCCCGAACGGGUACAUCUGCUACCGAUGUGGUAACAAAGGUCAUUGGAUCCAACUAUGUCCUACUAAUGAUGACCCUGAAUUUGACAACCGCCCGCGUGUCAAACGAACCACGGGUAUCCCACGUUCAUUCCUGCAAAAGGUAGACAAGUCUGUUGUCCUUGCGCAAACUGAGGGUGAUGAAUCCAAGCGUCCGUCAGGUAUCAUGGUCAAUGCCGAGGGGGAUUUUGUUAUUGCUGAGCCCGACAAGGCUUCGUGGGAGCAGUUCCAGGCCAAAGCCAAGUCUUCAUCUACGGCUAACGCACCGCUAGCUGAGAACAAGGAGAUUCAGGAACAGGGCUUGGAGUGUUCGAUUGACAAGAAGAUGUUCAUAGAGCCAAUGAAGACUCCAUGCUGUCAGAAGACCUUUUGUAAUGAUUGCAUAACUAAUGCUCUCAUCGAAAGCGACUUCGUCUGCCCUGCCUGCCAGUCAGAAGGCGUAUUGAUUGAUGACCUUCAGCCAGAUGAAGAAACUUCUAAGAAGAUUCAAGAGUAUUUGAAGGAAAAAGAAACGGCCAAAACUCCUCCGCCCCCGUCGCCUAAGACUUUGGAAGAUGCCAAGUCAGAUGGCGAGAAGCAGGAGAAGUCAAAAGAAGAGACUAUCGACAAUCUGGAGCAAAAGGCUGAGAAUGAACCAAGUGACAAGUCUAAGGACUCGCCCGUCAAUGAAAAGCCAAAGUCGCCGGUGUCUCAAAUUGCAACUGUCAAUUCCCCUCCCGCGGGUCCUAAGAACCUUGUAUCCGCGUCUCAAGAUACGAACAAACAACUAGAUAUGCCCAGAACGACAGAUACCAACUCCAAGAAACGGCCCGCAGAUGAUAUUCUUGACAACCCGAGGAUUCCCAAGGGCCCCAAGGCCAUGCAGAACCAGCAGAACCAGCAGAACCAGCAGAAUAUGAUGAACGGCAUGGGCAUGAAUGGGACGGGCAUGAACAUGGGCAUGAAUAAUAUGAUGUUCAAUGGAAUGCCCAUGAUGCCCAACAUGAUGGGUAUGCCAAACAUGGGUAAUAUGAAUAUGGGCAUGCCAAAUAUGAAUAUGAUGGGAAUGCCUAACAUGAUGGGAAUGCCUGGGUUCCCUGGCAUGAAUGGCGGAUUCGGUGGCAUGCCUGGUUGGGACAUGGGCAUGAACGGCAUGAACGGAAUGAAUGGCAUGGGUAACAUGAAUGGAGGAAUGAACGGCUUUCAGAACGGCAACUUUGGACAGGGUGCUGGUGCGGACGAAGACGCCUACUUUCGUAAGCCAGUCAACCCUCAUCGACACCAGAACAAACAGCGAAGAGUGCGACCAAGCGACUACCGAGAGCUCUGA